ACCUGCCGUGUCCCCACGCCGCUGCGAGCUUCUUGUACAUCUUGUCCUGCUCCCCCCGCAAGACCGCCACCUACUGCUAGCUCAGUAGCUCCGUCCCUUGUCUUCUUCCUCCCCUGCCUUCCUCCACUACAAAUUGCCUCGCCUACUCUCCUUGUCGCCAGCCACUUCCUUGCACCGCUACAAACUGCUGCUUUGGCUAGCUAGGACAGGCAGACAAGCGCGCGAGGGGGUUCUUGGGGCGAGAGAGUGGAUGGUUCGCUGCGCUGCUGACAUGGAGGCGGGUCAUCAGGCGGCGGAGGGAGGCGCACUGGCGGUGGUGGCGUCGGUGGCGCCGGCGGCGGGCGGCGGGAGAGGUGGGGGUGCGGGAGGAGGGAGGGAGCCGGAGGGCCUGCCGUGCCCGCGCUGCGAGUCCGUCAACACCAAGUUCUGCUACUACAACAACUACAACCUGUCGCAGCCGCGCUACUUCUGCCGGGCCUGCCGCCGCUACUGGACGCGCGGGGGCGCGCUCCGCAACGUCCCCGUCGGCGGCGGCACGCGCAAGGCCACCCCGGCGACCCGGCGCAAGCGCCCCGCCAGCUCGCCACCCGAGCCCGCGCCCCCGGCGGCGGGUGUGGCGCUGCCGCCGCUCACGAUGUCGGGUCCCCACGGCGCGCUGCUGCGGCAGUACGGCAUGCCGUUCCCGGCGCCGGCCAUGGCGUCGCCGCUGGCCGCCGUGGACCCCGACCGCCGGCUGCUCGACCUCGGCGGCAGCUUCAGCUCGCUGAUCGCGGCUGCGCCCGGGCCAGACGUCGUCGGCGGCCACUUCUCCGCCGGGUUUCUGGUGGGCGGGCUCGCGCCGGCCAUGGUUCACUCGCCUGCUGGUGCUGCCCCCGCCGCUACUCUUCCACCGCCGCCGCCGCCGCAGCAGCAGGUGUCCCAGGCGCUGCCGGAGGGCCUCCUCUGGAGCAUGGGGUGGCCGGACCUGUCCAUCUAGGAGCUCCACCUCUCCGCCGGCGACGCGCGCAGUGCAACGUCGAUCGGUGCCCCGACGGACCAGACGACCAGUGACCACUGCUCGAUCGUCUCUAAUCUAGCCUUCUCUUUUAGCUGCUUCGUCGUUAACAGUAGACUGUAGUGCUGCAUCCAGGUUAUCUUUUUUGGGAGCCGAGUGGUUUAGGGAUCAGGAAAGAGAGCUGUUUGUUCUGUUGGGGUGGUUCAGGAAGAACUGUGAGAGUGAUCUCAGGAUGUAAAUCUGCAUGCUUGUUUGCUUGCACGAGCACCUGCAAUGCUUGACGGAUCGAUGCUACCAGCAUCUUACAUGA